AUGAAGGACUCGGGGAUUGAGUUUCCUGGAUUCCAGAUUUACAGUCACAGGGAUGAGUUUGUAUUCAGAAGGUCUAUGAGUCGGCUACAAAAGCAAGCUCCAUGUCCACUUCAGAUAAAGCCUACUGUCAUAAUAUCCUCUACUUAUAAUGGUCCACACAACUCAAUGGUGACGGCUUCAACUUCAUCUUCAUUCAAUUCCUUCUUUACUAAUAAAGAUCCCAUACCUCUACUUUCUCCUCUUGUGGUGCUUGAAUCCACCUCCAUCAGGGAAGAAAACACUGCAAAAUCCCAUUAA